GAGCAGGGAUGCAAAGGUCGCUUGUGCCCACGGCCACGCGUGUGCAACUGCCCCAGGCAGCGUGUGGCAGGGGGGACGUGCAGGGAGCAGCCGGGUCGUCCGGCGCUGAGCUCCAACCGUCGGCAUCACUUUCAGGGGGCUUUAUGGUGUGCAGAAUGUCUCUGGUAUAAGCGAAUAGUUCAUCUUCUGCUGCACAGGCUGGAUUUGUCACGGUAAAGAUCUCCCCCUCCUGUCCGCCCGGGCAGCGCGGGAUGAGAGCGAACUGAAAUAACUCGCUCGGGGCUCCUGCUCUUGUUCUGUGACCGGAGCACAGAUCAGACAGGCUCAGUGUGUAAUUCAGGGCCUCCCCCCGCCCCGAGCAAGUGAGGGUGGCCGUGGCCCAAAGCUGCCUGCCUGCAAAGCUGGGCUGGGGAUGCUGGGUGGGAGCCCGUCAGGGCGACCGUGCACCUCGCACGGGCCACCGCCGGGGCUGGCUUCACCUCGGGGCGGUCGGUGCCCCUCGCAGAGCCCAGGGGAGGGCAUGAUGGGGUGCAGGAGCGCUGUCGCAGGGUGCCGGGGGGAGAGCAGCUCUCCCUGCGGCCCCGUCCGUGCAGAGGGACAUGUGGGUGGAGGAGAAGGGGGUUGGCGUGGAAGGUCACAGGCGAUGCUGGGUACCAGGAGGUCGUCCCUGAGCAGUGCUGGGCUGCCUGAGGACAUCGCUGGAGGAGAAGCCAUCCAGCCACAGUCUCUGGCUUGCAGAGGGCAGCGGUGAGAGCUGCUCUGGGAGGUGCUGAUGGUGAGCCCAGGCUUCAGGCAGAAACAAGGUCCCUGCAUGGGUGGGCGCUGGCAGGGCUCGUCUGGAGGUGGGACAGGCGGAGUUACUAACUCCAGAGAUGUGGGAAGAAGAGAGCCGAGGUCAAAGCUGAUGCCCAGAUUUCGACUCUUGAAGUACAAUACAGAUCUAAAUUAAGAGCCAGAAGCAAGGGCAGACUUUAUGAGCACAAGAAAGUCAUGACUCAUUUAUGAAAUGUGUGUCUAGACCGUUGUGGGCAAAGGGGAAGUCUUUGGGAGGAUGAGUCGGAGAGGCCAACACCGCUCCAGAAAUGAGUCUGAAGGGGACAAAAGAGUUUUGGAUGUCACCCUCUGAGUCACUGGCGUAGAGCCAGGGCUGGCGCUGGCACCCUUGGGCACAGCAGCCAGCCCGGCUCCUGCACCCUGCAAAACGUUUCAUGCGGAAAGCCCUUUUCUGCCUCUUUUUUAGUCUUUGUCUUCGGGAUUAGCUGUCAGGCUCAGAUCUAGCCUCAGGCUUAACAACGCUGCCUAUGAGAUGUCUGCUUGGUCCAUCCCAGAGCAGCCUGCUCGCUCCGCGUGCCUUUCCCGGGCGGGGGAGCGGGUUUGGGAUGCAGGGGCAGCAUGAACCCCAGUAAGGAGGUGCACGCCCCAGUAAGGGGGUACGCAGGCAGCAGGCACCCCGGCAAAAGGCUCUGCGGCUGCAGGGGGGCUGCGCGAGGUGGCAGGUAGGAGCAGCUGUGAAUUUUCCAGCCCAGCGUUACGCAGCAGAGGAGCGCGGCGGGAGGGUUUGCUGCUCUCGUGCCAAACCCACGGGCUGCGAGGGCGAGCGGUGGCAGGAGCUGUGCUGGGCCCUGCGGCCGGGCACGGCGUGGCAGCUUCUGCACCUGGCCUUGAAGGAGGAAGAGGAUAAUUGCUCGGUGACCGUAAUUAUUGCCCUGUGCUUUAAAGCCCGGCACUGGGCGGUGGAGCCGUGCCCCGUGGCCGCAGGGAGCUCCAGGCUCGCUCGCUCGGUGUGAUGGAUUCCCUUCCGUGCUCCUCAGGUUUCCAGCUUUCUGGAAGAGCUGCCUUUUCCACAUCAGUACACGACUGUGUGCAGCGUUAUUUCGGUCACCAGAUCACUUUAAUCACUGUUUUUCCCCUCUGCUCUCCUCUCAUUUUUAUCUCUCUCUCUGCUGGCACCACUCUGGAGGAUGCAGUUUUCUGGGGUGAUUUCAUUCCUCUUAAAGUGCCUCUGUCUCAUCCUGGGAAGGGUCAGACCCAGGGGUUUGGGAAAGCACAAACAGAAGGGGAAAUGGGGCUCGUCUGAAUUCACUUUUGAGUUAGUUAAGACCCAGAAGGGUGGGUUUUGUUACCUUAUUAAAACAAAGGUUAGGGUUUAGGCUGGACCAUGGAUGUGUGCUACGACGCUGUGCUGGGGUUAAUAGCAUAAUAUUUAGCACUGGCUGUGUGUUCGUUAUUUUUGAAAGGAAUUAAUAAAUAUUAACCAUGGCACUCUUUGAGGGCCUGUGUUAGCUUUUACCUUUAGCAGCUGGGAAAAUGAAGCAUUCUUGUUACGCUGUUUUCCUUAGCGUGUGAGCAAGCUUUUAGAAAGAAGAAGGAAAAAAAAGAGAAAGAAAGGGUUUGUGGUGGCCAGAGUUUUGUUACCUUCAGAUGCCGGGUACUCUGCACCCUGCAGACCUGCCUCUGCCUCCGACCCAAGCACAAAGUGUGAGUGCCCGUCCCUCGGGAGGGCAGUGCCGCCCCGCCGCGUUAACGACAUUACGCUUAGAUUAGCGUUUGGAGUUUAUGAAAUCUGCAAGUCACCGAUUGCUUCUGCAACUGCUCUGCAAGGCCUCAGCCUCUGCUUUUGUUCUCCCGCAGCAUUAAAACAACAGACACUGAUGUUCGAACAAGGCAAAAAAAUACUGAGAAAUACUGAGUCAGGUGUCUGUAACAAAUGGGGAGAGAGGGAGGAUUACUGCGGUCGUGAAGGUCACACAACAUGCCGGGGCAGAGAUGCCAUGACAAAGCAAUAGUUCCUCUCUCUCUCUCUCUCUCUCUGAACUGGUUUUCAACAAAUUCUUCUGCAAAGAGAUUUCUAUUGUGAGCCGUUUGAAAGACAAACGUAGCCAGGCCUGCAGCCCAAACGAUAAUCACUUACAGUUCUGCAGUGGCACAAAACGUAUACGGGAUUUCUAAAAAUGCCCCCAUCACGAGUCAUUGCCCGUUUGUAACAAAAAAGGUUUGUAAGAUACAGUGCAAGUGCUAACCCGUGUCUCAAGGCCCUGGUUGUGGUCUCCCUCAGUUGCAUGGUCAAAUAUGCCCCAGCAUAUAUUGCGUUUUAAGCGUGUUGCUGAUGGCAGCUGGUUCGCCUGAGAAAGUUCAGGUCUGGGGUUUUCUGGUAGAAAAGCCUUGAACCUCUGCCCCACAGCUCUGCCCGCACCCGGGGCCGCGCCCGUGGGCCCCUCGCCUUGGCUUUCUGCUGGCACCCUGCUUGCCAAACGUGGAGGAUGCUUCCCUUGGGUCUACUCCAGUUGCAGAUUCCCGGUGGCCGUGACUGUCCCCGUGUGCUGAGCCCGUGCCUGCACUGGGGCAGGUCGUGGUUAGAGGGAUCCCGGUGUCAGGCAGGCUUUGCCUUCUGGGAAUUUGUAGCUGGUGAUAGGUUUGGUUUCACCUGUUGUUAAUGCUCGUCUUUUCCCACCAUUCAUUGCAACCUCUUAUUUCUGGACCCUCAUUGAGAAAGGAGUACAUUCAUCUCAUCCAAACUCCUGUGAUUUGGAGGGUUACAAAAUUAAGGACGACCGAAAGUGAGCUGUUUAAAGCAAUGGGUAAAUGUUUGUGGCAUUUCUGCAUCUGGCAUCCCUGCCGUUCUGGAGGGGGAGGUGCCGCUCCUGCAGUUAAGCAGCUAGAUGAUCGCAGACCCAGCUGUAUUGUCAGAGGUUGCUGUGCAAUUACCCCAAAGUGGUGUUCAAAUGAUACAGGGCGAGGCUGAUACCCGCUGACAGGAGCUGCCCCGGCACCUCCAGGGCUGCCAGGGCUCAGGGCAUCACCAGCCACCUUCCCCGCGCCUUCCUGCAGCUCUUCCCCUCUCCCACAGCCCCUCGUGAUGGAUUGCACACUGAAACGGCGCCAGGCUCCGAGAGGCAGCACCUUUCAUUUGGUAAUCUUAAUUCCUGCUAAGCAGAAGCCAAAAGCUAAUAGAAGGCUCUGUAAUAUGUGUGUGCUCCCAUGCAUUUACUUCCUCGGCCCCAUCACCCUCCAGCCAGCAGCCCGGUGGCAACAUGCGGGGAUGUGGCUGCCAGCAGCUGUGUCCUGCACCACUGCUUGUGCUCCGCUGCUCCCCGGGGGUCGGACAACCUCCCCUCCCCGGGCACGAUCCCGGGCCUUGCCAUCGCUGGCACCCCGAGCGCAGCAGAGGUUUGCACUGGCUGUGGGUGGCGUUUGCUGCUGCUGCUGCAGCAGGGGACACCAGGAGGCGUUUGGGGACUGGCAGGUCCGGGGAGCCUGUGAGGGUCAGAGGCUCAAGAAAUUUGGGCUUAGAAAAGGCUAUCUGAGUUGUACCAGUGUGCGCAAGUCGACUGUUCUGUUAAGGGGAAAAAAAAACUCCAAAAGCAUAUUUUAUCUGGCUCUUUUUAAAGGGUGCUUGCAAUUAAUUUUGAAGCUGUGGGUGGUGGAGAAGGUCCUCUUCACCCCUCCUCCCCCACCUAAAUCAUCGUCAGACGUUUGCCAGGAGAGCUGGGAGUCAUGGGCAGGGGCUCUUGCUCUCCUGCUGGGACCUGCAUCUCCAGCGCACACAGAGUGGGUCACCCAGCCCCAAGAGGGUCUCUCGUAGGUGACCAAAUGCGCUACCAGCCUGUAACCGGAGCCUGGCGACGGUCUGGGUUGGAGCCUGCGGGACAUGGGGCACGGGAGGUCACAGCUGCCCCCCAGGGCGCAUGCACCACUGGGUGCCCUCCUCAGGCACAGACCAGUCCUCAAAGCCUUUGCCAAGCGCCUGAAAAUGGAUGGACUUUGGCCCAGCACCACGUGAAGCGCCUGAACCGAAGAGCACGAAGGUCUCGGUGGGACAGCGGGCUCCCAGCCUGCGCCGCUGUCGGCUGCGCUGGGUCCGGCCAGACGGGCAGCAAAUCCCGCUCCUCGCCCCAGAGAGCCGCUUCCCACGGCAAAUAAACACCAGAAAAUUGUAUCUGCCCUGUAUGGAGGAAAAUCACCCAGCCCUCCCUGGCCCUGUGCUGUCCUCUCAUGCUUGGCAAAUCGAGGCAAAUAUUUGCAGACAAAAAAAAGACUCAAAGGGAAGAGCCAGGCCUGACCAGCGCUGGACUAGGUGAGUAAGAAAUAACGCUCCGUCCCCGUGGGUGUGCAGAGCCGAGGGGAGGGUGGUGCAGUGCAGGUGAGGGGUUUUACUGCGCGGGAUGCUGAGGAAAAUCCCCCUGCAAAGCGGAGGCACGCUCCCGUGGCAGGGCAAGAGGAGGGGGUGUGCGCGGCCACCCCGGCACCCGCAGCAAACCUCGUCUGGAGGGUGGUCGUGGGUGCCCCAAACGUGAACACAGCCCUGCAAAGCCAGAGCCUCCCAUGGCGAGCCCGGGAUCCGCAAGCAGCACGAGAUCAGGACUGACUCAAUCACCAGCUAGCAAUUACUACACCAUUAAAAUAAAAAUCGGUAAUUGCUUCCUCAUUGAAAAGUUAUGACUUUCUUUCUCUAAUUAGUACCCUAAAGCUAGCCUUGUUUCCUGUUGAAAUGCGUGCGCUUGUGGUUCGGGAUUGCAAUGUCUCUUAAAAGUCCUUCUUGGUGCCUCCUCCCCCAGACUGUGGCUCACGCAAAUACGGGCUGGCUGAGAAAUGGAUGGAAGCAUUUGCGGUUUGGUUGGGUUCCUGCGCUAAUUAAGGGCCACAUCCAGCACUUAGGAGCUGGUGGAAACUGCACGCAGCUGAAAGGAGGCUGAUUUCUGCAGGGAAGGGGCAGUGGUGCUUCCAAAAUGACCCCGGGGAGUUUCCGUGCAACAGGUAGAGACAAGCCCGGCAGGGAGGAGAAGCCGGGAGUGCGGAGGAGUGGGAAAGGUCCUUUCUAAGUGCUAAGUUCUGGUAUUAUUUUUUUAAUUUCUGACUUUGUGUCAAAGGAGACAACAAAUAUUUAAGAAGGUGCUUGAAAUUCUGGGUUUGGUCUCUUCUAUGAGCGCACCCUUGGAAGCACAUUGAAAUGAGAAGAAAGAGACUGAAAUAAAACCGCAGCAACUAUUAUCCUUAUGGGCCUUGUGACUUAGCCCUAACUCCUCAUUACAACUACGCUCUGAGCUGCUAACUGCUAUCUGAGCCAAACCAAAGAUGCCAAAUAUAAAUACAAUUUGCUGCAAGCUCUAAUUGCUCCGGCUGGGCGGGCGCAGGUGCUGUGCACGGCCGAGCCCCCGCACGCCCCCGCUGCUCCCUGGGGCCACACAUCGCCGCCGCUCCCCUUCCACCUCCCUGAGCCUCUUGGCUUGUUCGUGCCUUUUGGCAAAGGGGAAAGCCCUGACAAAGCAGCCACAGGGAGACACAGAGCUAAGAGCUCCCCGGCGCCGCUGUGCCGGAGGAUGGGGGUCCCGGGCACCCAUGGGGCUUCGGCUCGAGGAGCAGCGGGCAGGAGCAGAGCCAUGCAGCUGAUGCAGAAUAAAGUUGAAGGAGCCAUAGCCAGCUGCAUGAUGAGCUGCCUGGGUUAGGAGGAAGAUCAAGGUCUCAGGAGUGGGAGGAAGGCCAAAGUCAUUUGGGGAGCUUGGGAGGGAAAGUCUAUCCCCUGGGCUGGGGUGGAGCUGGGAAGGAAAGUUUAUCCAAAGGGCUUGUAAAGCUCUGGGUCUGGCUGGAGACCUCUGUGGACCCAAACUCUCUCCAGCCCUCAUCCAAAGUUCGUGUUCUUGCGCAUCCCGAUGGCUCGGAGCAGCCACUCCAGCGGCCGGAGGAAGCGGGGCCGACCCGGCGUUGCAGGGAGAGCAUUUGGACAUCGCGCUGCCUUAUCGCCACUGAGCCCAGUCCUGCCCUUAGGAACCACUUAAACUCCGGACCUCUGUCUGUGCCCAUCUCCCCAUAUGCCUCAUGAUUGCCGCAGGGGCUGAGAGGUGCCUGAGCUCCCCGUGAUCGCUGUUAGCAGCCCAUCUCCCAGCCAGUGUGUCGGGUCCAGGAGCCAGUGGGGAUGGGGAUGACGCUGGGGUCCUCGCCCACACCUUUCACUGGAGCAGGGAGCAAACCCAGGGGCAGGGGAGUGGCGAGGGGAUGCUCCCACUGGGCUGGCCGCAGCAGCUGUCUGGAGGGCUGCUGGUGGGACUGGUGGGCUGCGCUGGGGGGUACUGGUACCUCUGAGCGAUGGGCAGGGCUGCGGGCACCAGCUCACACAUGAGACCCCGAGACACCUUCGGAUGUGCCACCCACACGGCAGCAGCACCCUGGGCUGCAGCCGGUGCUCAGCCUCCGAAACCAAAGCCCUUGGGCAAAGCAAGGGGCGCGUGCCCAAAGCGGGGUGUGGGGCUGGCUCGGGGUGCGCCUGCGCAUAUGGCACAGGCACAGAGCAGGGUGUCGCUGGGUGGCGGGCCAGAAAACCAGGCUGGUUGUACAAGCGGAAUUUGUCCCACCGUGCUUCCAUCUUGUCUUGUUCGAUCACUAAUCUCACUCAUUUUUUGCUUACCUCCCUCACCAGCAUUUCCCAGCCCGGGUCCUGACCCCUCCCCACCAGCUUGGACGCCCCAGAAGAAAGCACCCAUCCCAAACGCUGCUGGGACAUGGGGACGCUGGAACAGCCCCCCGAACCGUGGCUCCAGAGCGGGAGGAAGAGGAGGCGAUGCUCAGCAUUUACCCCUUUGGGCAGGAAAAGCCCCCCUGGAUGGACGUCGCAGGGUGCCGGUGGAGCGCCGGGGAAGGGCAGCCUGGUUCUGCCGGCUCGGUGGGUGGCAGGGGAUACCCCUGCGUGGGGAGGAGCGGGGCGGAAAAUGAACGCUUGGGAUGCAACACCGUGUCUCACCCGGCCCCACGUGCGAGGUCUCCCCAGUUCAGCAACGGAAGAAGCCGGUUUCGGCCGCCAGCGCUGAGCCGCGCAGCACCGCAGGCAGGCAGCACGGCUUGGUGGAGGACAGGACCCGUGAUGUGAACCUUUAAUCAGAGAUCUGUCGGCGGCCAAGCGCAAGUUUGCGGACUCCCUCAAUGAAUUUAAAUUCCACUGCAUCGGUGACGCUGAAACAGAUGAUGAGAUCUGCAUCGCCAAGUCUCUCCAGGAGUUUGCCACGGUGCUGCGGAACCUGGAGGACGAGCGGAUGCGCAUGAUUGAGAACGCCAGCGAGGUGCUGAUCACGCCGCUGGAGAAGUUUCGCAAGGAGCAGAUCGGGGCUGCUAAGGAUGCCAAAAAGAAAUACGACAAGGAGACAGAGAAGUAUUGUGGUGUCCUAGAAAAGCACUUAAACUUGUCUUCUAAGAAGAAAGAAUCCCAGCUUCAGGAGGCAGACAGCCAGGUGGACCUGGUUCGGCAGCAUUUCUAUGAAGUCUCCCUGGAGUAUGUCUUCAAGGUGCAAGAGGUCCAGGAGAGGAAGAUGUUUGAGUUCGUGGAACCUCUGCUGGCCUUUCUGCAGGGGCUUUUCACCUUCUACCACCACGGCUACGAGCUUGCAAAGGACUUCAGUGAUUUCAAGACAGAGCUGACAAUCAGCAUCCAGAACACAAGAAAUCGUUUUGAAGGAACGAGGUCGGAGGUUGAAUCUUUGAUGAAGAAGAUGAAGGAGAAUCCUCACGAGCACAAAAACAUCAGCGCUUACACGAUGGAGGGUUACCUCUACGUGCAGGAGAAACGUCACUUUGGGACUUCAUGGGUGAAGCAUUACUGCACGUACCAGAGGGAAUCAAAGCGCAUCACGAUGGUGCCGUUUGACCAGAAAUCUGGAGGAAAAGGGGGAGAAGACGAAGCUGUUAUCCUCAAAUCUUGCACACGGCGCAAAACGGACUCAAUCGAGAAGAGGUUUUGCUUUGAUGUGGAAGCUGUCGAUCGGCCUGGCGUGAUCACCAUGCAGGCGCUUUCAGAAGAGGACCGAAGGCUAUGGAUGGAGGCAAUGGAUGGCCGGGAACCGGUCUACAACUCGAACAAGGACAACCAGAGUGAAGGCACUGCCCAGUUGGAUGAUAUCGGCUUCAGCAUUAUCAAGAAAUGCAUACACGCUGUCGAAACAAGAGGGAUCAAUGAGCAAGGGCUCUACCGAAUCGUUGGAGUAAACUCUAGAGUUCAAAAGCUGUUGAGUAUAUUAAUGGAUCCCAAAACAGCCACUGAAACAGAAACAGAGAUCUGUGCGGAGUGGGAGAUAAAAACCAUUACUAGUGCACUGAAAACCUACCUGAGAAUGCUUCCGGGGCCGCUCAUGAUGUACCAGUUUCAAAGGAGCUUCAUCAAAGCAGCGAAACUGGAGAAUCAGGAGUCGAGGGUGUCAGAGAUCCACAGCCUCGUUCAUCGGCUCCCGGAGAAAAACAGGCAGAUGCUGCACUUGCUCAUGAACCACUUGGCAAAAGUUGCAAAUAAUCAUAAGCAGAACCUGAUGACUGUUGCUAAUCUGGGUGUGGUAUUUGGGCCAACACUGCUUCGACCUCAAGAGGAAACAGUCGCUGCCAUUAUGGACAUCAAAUUUCAGAACAUCGUGAUCGAAAUUUUAAUAGAAAACCAUGAGAAGAUAUUUAACACGGUGCCAGAGACUCCGCCGUCGAACUCGCAGCUGCUGUUAUCUCGGAAGAAGAGCACGGACUCGAAGCCUCCCUCCUGCAGCGAGAGACCGCUGACGCUCUUCCACACGCCACAGCCCAACGAGAAGCAGGAGAACAGGAACAGUAUCAUCAACUCCAGCCUGGAAUCCGUCAUCUCUUCAAACGUAAACAGCUUCCUCAACUCCAACAGCGCUCCCCAGCCCAGCCUGAACUCAAGUGAUCUUGAACUAGAAGUAAUUAAACCCAACAGGCCAAAUUCACUCCCUCAGAAUCCAAGCCCAACGUCACCCCUCUCACCGUCCUGGCCCAUGUUCUCCGCACCAUCAAGUCCUAUGCCCACCUCCUCUACGUCCAGCGACUCAUCCCCCAUCAGCUCACCGCUGCGGAAAGCCCGAGCCCUGUACGCCUGCAAAGCAGAACACGACUCGGAGCUCUCCUUCACGGCAGGCACCGUGUUCGAUAACGUUCAUCCAUCCCAGGAGCCUGGCUGGCUGGAAGGGACCCUCGAUGGGAAGACAGGAUUAAUCCCGGAGAACUACGUCGAGUUCCUAUAACUCCGGGCGUAAGAAGCACCACUGCUGAGCUUUACAUGGUAUCCAUGGCAGCCGCUGGCGGGAGUCCUGCAGACCGUUUUGCUCUUUGCCACUGUGCGACGCAGGGUGAAGGACUUCCCCGGACCCACUGAGAUGAAUGUUUGCGUGGAGCCUAUCGUCCGCCCCUCCUCCCGCGCUCCUGCGGCGCGCCGGGGCGGCGGGGGGAGCGGUCCUGGCCCGAGCAGGGGCAAGCCGUGCCCAAAGCAGGGGCAAGCCGUGCCCAAAGCUCACGUCCCAGCUGGGAGACCUCGCCGCAAUCAGAACCAGCAAAACGCAGCAGCUCCACGCCGCAGCCCGAGCGCUCCGCGGGGGACAAGCCUGCAAACUGAACCAGCACGCGCGAGCCACCGAGCCUGGGGCUCCCCGCAGCUAUAACGAGCAUUACCGGGAGCUGACGGACCCCGACGCAUCGGCCUCCCCGCCGGAGGAAGAGCGGUCAGCGGCGAGGGGUCCUUUGCUCCCACGGCCCUUCCCCGCUUUCUGACCAGCCCGGGCGAAGCCCUCCCGUGCAGCCGGGGAGCGGCGCAUCCCCUCCUCGCGCCGCUGUGGCAGAGGAAGGGGUGAGGUGCUUUCGGCUGCCAUCAAACCACAGGCUGGGUCUGCAGUUUGCGGGAGGCUGAGCCUCCCGAGGCAGGCGGGGGCAGCCCCGGCGAGGCGGCGGCCGUCCUGCCGUGCCACGGCAGAGCCCUGCUCUCGCAGGCGAGAGCGAGGCACUCGGUGGGCGCUGCAGGGUGGGCACGGCGCCGGCCGGGAGCUGUCAGGCCUCGGCAGGCGUCAGCACGGCGGAGGGGAGAAUAUUUUGGACCAAACCUCUCAAACAUCUAUUUUUUUUAAAAAAAAAAGAUUUAGAUUUUUGCGAGGUAAACAUCUGUGAUCUGUGCAGCCUGCGCUUCCUUCCUGGAGAGCAAGAUGCAGCUCCAGAUAAAACACCGCUCCUUUUCUUUGACUGACUGCUUUGUAUCUCCACUUCUCAGUGCAUGUUGCACAGAGACAUCCAUGCUUUCGGGAAUGGCCAGGCCGCUGAUGUGCCACUUCGGAGCUGCGUUUACCAUUCUCCACCGUUGCUUUUUAGGUGGUCUCCUUGCUUGGAGCCUGGCAUGUAGCCUGUCCGUGCCAAGUCUGUGCAGUCCUGGUUGUGCAAGGUAAAUUAUUUCCAUACUCACAGGACACGUAUUGUUGGUGUGGCCAACCUACGGUCUACAGAGAACGAAGGGCGAGCCCUUCGCCGCCGCCCCUCUGCGCCUCCCUGGACGCGCGGCGAGUGGUUGGCAGGGCGAGUUCGCGAAUCCCUCGCCGUUUUUGAGGGGGAGGGUGGGAGAAGGAGCCCUGCGGGACUGCAGAGCCGGGCUGGCCGGGUGGCGUGUCGAGAGCUGGAAUGAUUAUAUUUUGUAAUAGAAAAUUGUGAAAGAAACCCCAGCCCGCUGGCAGAGAGACUCUGUUGUGCAGAAGCGACGCUGUCGCGCGCUGCUGGGGGAUGGAUGUCGUGUCUUUUUGUAAUAAUUUUAAAGACUCCGAGUGACUGAAUCGCUGUAUGUGUCACUUUUUAUUUUUGAAAGAAUUAAUGUAUAAAUAGAGUAUCUUAAAAUAUUA